GUGAACAAAAGAGUUUGGUAGACAAAAUUUAUGACGACGAUUUAGGUGGCGACGUGAAAGAUGAAGCGGACAACGACAUGGGUGACAAUGUGAGCGAGGACUUGGGUGACCUGGACGACUACGUGGAGAGCGACGCGGAUGAUAUUGUGAAUGACGAUAUGAAUACAUCAGUGCUUCUAGAUGAAGAAGAGGAUGAUAUGGCUUUACGUCCCGAGCAAUUAGAAAAGCUUGCAAAAUCGGAAAAAAUCAAAGAAUUCUUGCGUGACGAUAAAUUACGAGAGAUUAUUUAUCAUAUAAAUUUUACUUCAAGAAGUGGCAAUGUUGAAGAUUUGCUAGACACUACCAAAAAAAAUGAUGAGAUUUUUUUUAAAUUUACUGAAGAGAUUUUGGAUACAGUAAUUGGACCGAAAUCUUUCGCUGAUAUAUAG